UUUAAAUGGGGAUUAGUGCGGUUUCACCUACGUCCGCCACGCACCAGGUUAAGUAGCUUGGUUACACCUAAAGCCUCGGUGUUUUACUGACUAAAAGCAAACUUAUGGAGCUGUAACCGGCGGGGGAAACAGAGACCCGGCUAUUUCAAAGUGGAUAACAGUCUCCUGGCGCUUGUGCUUGUGGAAACCUGGUGAACUGGGUGGACGACGCUCAAAACUGUUGUGCGCCGUUUCCAAUCAGAAAAUCUGCCCGACGGUCCCCUGUGAUUAUUCCUCCUCCCAUGGUUAUGGUUGCGCCCAGUAAGCAGCGGGGACUCGUCUCUCUCUCCUGCCUAUGACAUGGUUUAGCCCACAUAUGACCCGGUUGCCAUGAUGGCUUCCAUGGUUGCCAGCGGAAACAGAGAUGGGCAGUCUCUGGUCUUGAAAGGGGUGGACCCAGAGACCUGCAUGAUUGUGUUCAAGAACCACUGGGCUCAGGUAGUGAAGAUCCUCGAGAAACAUGACCCUCUGCGCAGCAGCUCCACCCUGCCCUCCCUGGGUGUCAUCAGCCUCAGCACCGGCUCUGGUGGCCUCCGUUUUGGCCCCAUCCCUGGCGACGAGGCAAGUGCUGUGCAGAACUACGUGGAGCACAUGCUCUUCCUACUCAUGGAGGAGGAGAGUGGCCAGGCCGGGGCCAUGGGCCCCAUCCUGGAGUUUGUGGUGAUGGAGAACGUGAUGGAGCGCCUCUUUGUGUGGAGCCUCCGCAGAGAGUUCACAGACGACAUGAAGUUGGAGCAGCUGAAGAUGUAUGAGAUGCUGGUGGGCCAAGCGCGCCAGCCGCUGCUGCACCACAAGCCCAUCCUGCGGCCACUCAUGAUGCUGCUGUCGUCGUGUUCAGGUACAGCGGCGCCAGAGGUGGAGGCUGAGCUGGUGCUGCUGCUCAACCAGCUGUGCUGCGUCCUGGCCAAGGACCCCUCGGUUCUGGAGCUUUUCUUCCACACCAGCGAGGACCAGGGAGCAGCAAACUUCCUCAUCUUCUCCCUGCUCAUCCCCUUCAUCCACCGGGAGGGCACAGUGGGUCAGCAAGCCAGAGAUGCCUUGCUACUCAUCAUGUCGUUGUCUGCUGAGAACCAGCGAGUGGCCAAACACAUUGCAGAGAACACCUACUUCUGUCCGGUGCUGGCCACGGGGCUGAGCGGCCUGUACUCCUCCCUGCCCACCAAACUGGAGGUGCCCAACGAGGAGUGGCACUGUCUCCACAGGGAGGACUGGCUGCAGAUGCCGGCCCUCGUCCAGUUUCUCAACUCGCUGGAAUUCUGCAACGCAGUUAUUCAGGUGGCCCAUGUUGACAUCAGAGACCAGCUUGUUAGCUACAUCUACAAUGGUUUCCUAGUGCCUGUCCUCGCACCAGCUCUCCACAAGCUGACUAUAGAAGAGGUGAUGACCACCACGGCGUACCUGGACCUCUUCCUGAGGAGUGUGUCUGAGCCAGCCCUGCUGCAGACCUUCCUGUCCUUCAUUCUCCUCCAUCGACAUGAGAGUGUCCACAUCUUAGAUACACUGGUCAGCCGCAUCAACACCCCCUUCCAGCUGGGCACAGUGUCACUGGCGCUAUUCCGCACUCUCAUCGGCUUAUACUGUGAAGAUGUGAUGCUGCAGCUCAUAUUGAGGUACCUGAUCCCCUGUAAUCACAUGAUGUUGAGUCAGAGGCGGGUGGUGAGGGAGAGGGACUGCUACUCUGUGUCAGCGGCUAAGAUCCUGGCACUAACGCCGUCCUGCUGCUCGCCUGAACACAGCCCCCCGCCCCUCCGACAGCUGGACUCCAUCCUGUGGUCCAAGGGUGGGGAGAGUCCUAACAACACUAGCACCACUGAGGAAAAGGAGGGCUACUUAGAGGAGGAUGACUCAGGUAACUCCUGUGUCAUCGGGUCAGAAAUCUACCUGGAUGUCAGUUACCUUCAUUACCUCUACGAUGCCCGUCUGGGUAUCAGCAGCUGCAUGCGCGCCUGCCAAGUUUGGUCAGCUCCAUAUGAUGGUGAGAGCCCCCCUCCUGAAGAGUACCAGCCCGGUGUUUUGGAGGAAUUAGGGCUUAAAGCUAGGCAAGCCCCGAUGGUGUCCAAGAGACUUCCACAGCUGCAGCUUCAGCACCCUCGACCCCGCCCGCCCCAGAAGACAGAGCCGCCCCCUGCUCAUCAGCUAGAGCUGGAGUGGGAUGAUACUUACGAUGCUUGCCCCAUGCAGGCUACCGAGGCUGCCGCUGAAAGCAAACCUCCACAGCCGCCUCCUGCUGCACCUCCCAAGCACAUUCAGGAGAUGAGGAGAACAGCCAUUAUGUUGGUCAAAGGUUCCUAUAUUGAGGAGUCUGACUUCCAGGAUGACGUCAUGGUGUAUAAUCUUGUUGCCAAGAAAGACACCACGGAUGGUGAACAUAGCAAGCACAAAUUCAAUGGGACAGAAUCAGAGGAAACUCAGUCAGACUUGCCAGAGGCUCUCCAAAAAAACAGGCUUAGUCUAACUCUUCCAUCCACUGUGGAUGACAAUGGCAAGAACAGUUCAGAUUUUAAGGCUAAAGGUCAAACAGAUUGUAAUUCUAACGUCCAGAACAUCGACGCUACUGAGGCAGGUGAUGAUCUCUUGGCCCAGUACGAGGAGCUGAUACGUACAUGGAAUACCGAAGCAAGUGGAAGUCCGGUCAAAGCUGACAAAGAGUUCAAGAACCCCAUCACACACAUGGACGAGGAGGAGGAGGAAGAGAUGGACUUUAGCUCCUUCUCUGCAGAAACACCAGAGCCAGAGAAAAUACACUCACCGUUUGGGACCAAGCUCCUCAGUGGGAGUAGAAGCCAUUCAGUGCCUUUUACAGGUCCAUUUGUCAGUGUGCUGUUGUCUCGUCUGGAGAACAUGUUAGACAACUCGCUCCAUGUCAACUUGUUGCUGACUGGCAUCCUGGCCCAGCUGGCAGCUUACCCUCAGCCUCUGCUCCGCUCCUUCCUCCUUAACACCAACAUGGUCUUCCAGCCCAGCGUUCGCUCCCUAUAUCAGGUCCUAGCCUCAGUGAAGAACCAGAUAGAGCAACUGGCUGCAACCAGGAGGGAUUUUCCACAGAUGAUCACGGCCGCUCAGCACUGGCUCUUAGCCAGGGAGACCUCCUUCACAGCAGCAGACAAAAACAGUCGAGGUCACAGAGGGUCCACCCAUGGGGAAGCGGAAAGGUUCCUGAGGAGUUCACCUCCACCGCAGCCCAAAACCAUCUCUCUAGCUCGGACAGACGUCUUUGCAACCGUCCUCUUCACAGAGUUCCUGAAAGAGCUGGCAGCCAUAGCACAAGAACACUCCAUCUUAUCAUACAUUCCUAUGGAAGAGUAAUUGUGUCCCAACAGGACUCUGUUAUGCAUCCGUUUUAACUCUGAAAGAUUUUAAAAUAUUCUCUAAGAUGUUUUUUUUUUUUCUAUUUUCUGUAUAUCGUGUUUCUAGCACUACUUGAUGAAGAAUAAACCUCAUAGAUCAACUGAUUUCUAUUAACUGUUUUGAGCUAGUUUUUAAAAUGAUAAGAGAGAAAAUAUAUUUUUCCAGACAAAGAUAAUCAACGGGCCUUAGUGCAGUACAUAUAAUAUCCUAAUUUCUUUUUGAAUUUCAUCACUCUUUAUAGGCUUGUUUUAUGUAGUAAUAUUUUAACGUGCAACCGAGGACGAGGUACAAAUCUGCAACUUGAAAAUUGUGACCUACUUGCUGAUCUUUGUGGGAGAUGACCAGCUGAAAAUGCGAAUAAUGUCCAGCUCCAGGUCCAUCAACCAAAGACUGAAUAGGCACAGUAUCUCUCUCACACACAGGAACUUUUCUAAAUCAUCAGCCCUUAUCUGCUCAUGUCUUUCCUUAGAGCUUUUAUACAACACUCACGAACACCAGGGUGCUGCCCUUGUUCUGAAUGUCUUCAACCAGCUGUAACUACGAUGUCCACCACUCAGUGUGGUUGCGUAACACUACUCAGGUGGCCUUUGAAUGUUGUUGCCUCGCUGCCAUAGGAUUGCAUACGCAGUUUAGUGCGAUGUGGAGCCUGCGUUUCCCAUGUUGCUUUGAGAAGGCGAGCCUGUAAAUCACAUCAAACUCCCUAAUUUCAUUUUAACUGUGUUUGAGUGUUUGGGUCACAGUAAAUAUCCACAGAAACACAUCCAACAUUACACUUUAUUCUCAUGUUUUCAUGCACACCUAUCUGUUAAAUUACACUUUUUUUUCAUCUUUGUGCAAAACAGGUCAACUCUUGUGUCUUAAAACAUUCACAAAAUGCGGUUUCCACAAACUUACUCUCUGUUAAACACAUACUUGUUUCAACAUUUUUUUUUUUUUUUUUUUUGAUGGCUCUGGAUGGUACAUCAGGAGUCAUUUAGCACAUAUCUGUUGUCACUAUUUCCUCAAAAGCCUUCGAUUCAAUGAUUUUUCCCACAAUGCAAAAGUGACUCACAUUCACGGGCUCCACAUCCUGUUCAUAUCUGUACAAACUGACACAGACGGGAUUAUUCAUGCUGUCUGUUUUGCCUUACUUUAGUCCUGCUUUAUAGCCUAUAUUCUUGUAAGAAAAAAAAUGUUUCAAGGCGGUAGCACACUAUGCAAAUAAUUGUUCGGGUAUGAUUAAGUAAUGCAUAUUUUUUGAGUGGGAAGGGGUAUUUAUGCUUUUUAUGUUUGUUGUUUUUUUGGAGACUGAGUUCCUAUUGCCAUUUUUUUUUUUUCAAAAAGGUUAUACUAAAGAGUUUAUGGUUUGUUAUCACUGUCCUCUGUUUAGGGAAUGCUUAGGACUUUGUAUAUUUUGUUUAGGCUGUGAUAAAUUUAAAAUAUCACUGUUGGCAGAGUUAUAGUUUCGCAUCUUGAAAAACAGCUCAUACCAUAGCAAAAACGUUGUAAACUGCCUUUAUUUUAGUUCACAUAUUGGACAUGGGUUUUAUUCGCUAUAGUUAUUAAAUGAGAUCUUUUGUUACAAAGCAUGCCUCUACUAAAUUAAUUUACAAAGACAGAAAUUCUUGUAAAUUUGGUGCCUGAAUUUGGAUAUUACUUCACAAUUUUGCCUCAUUCUUGAAUGGAUUUACACAGGAGGAAAAAAAAAACAGAUUCAGUUGUGUAGUUUGUGAGAUACUAUAGUUUUUGCUUUAAGGUCAGUGAUAUUUCAACUUAAACUAAGGCUGUAGUGACUGGCCUGAUGUUUAUACUGAAACUAUCAAGUGUUGGCUCAUUUCAGUCGAUCUUGUCAACAUCUGGGCCCUUCCUGCCACUCUAAUCUGACAAAGUGGAUUAUAUUGUUUCUCAAUAAGUGACAGGAAAAUACAGUGGUAGGGCUUCAAAUAAAAAUCAGUCACCAUCCAUCCACCUCUAGAUAAAGAGAUGUGGGCAGUGCAGCUGGGACAUUUGUCAAGAAAAUUGACAAAAUAUGACUAAAUUUUCAAAGAAAAACUGUUACAAAAUUCUUGUUAGAGCCUACGUUUUAACUCAAGAUGUGAUGUUAUGUGAUAAGUAAUCAUUAUCCAAACAAAUGAGGUGAUUACUUUCUCAAGGAUUAUUUUUCUAUUUCUUUGAAUUUUAUACUCUUUGAGCUAAUGAGCUUCUUGUAGUAGAUCUCACAAAAUUGUAAUUUCAGUUAUUUUGCAGUAAAUACAAGGCAACUAUGCAUCUGUCAGCCUUGCCAGGCAGACUAUUUUGUGAUAUGAUUAAUGUGAUCAUUUCGUAACAUAGUCUGGCUCGAAGGCCUAAUAUUGUGUUUAGCUUAAAGUUUAGAUUUGGAUCAUAUUUAUAUUUUUUUGUUCCUGUGUAAAUCCAGCCAAUUUCUUCUCCAUGCUAUGGAAGUAUGCCGUAAAGUCUUUGUGUUGUAACACAAAAAUGGACAGAAAGAUAUUUUUAUGUAUUGAUGCCAUUUUCAAAAUUGUCGAUCAUGUCUUUCUGUUUUAUAAAAGAAUGUUUCAGAGCACUUUAUCAGCCUUUUCAUACUACAGUGCCGCUCUGCACUAAAUCGUGCUGGGCCAGGCUGGCAUAGCCAUGCUCCCAGCACACACUCAGUCUGUGUCACCCCUCCAGCACAGCACAACCAUUAUUGUUUUAGCACAGUGGUAUGAAACAGGUAUUGCAAGUUGGCAACCAAAUUUUUAGACCAGUUUAUGUCUCAAUAGGUUCUUAUUCCAAAGAUAACGGUGCAUCCUCUCUGACACCAUUUAGACUCAGUUUUCUGUCCAAGAUGUGUCCUGGUUGCUGUUUUUGCUCAUCUUGUUUGUUUCUGGUGUCUGAGACAUAAAGGCAUGCCUCUCUCAAUAAAGAGAACUCCUGUCAAAUGA